UUUUUACUAGAAUCUUUACACCAGUUUUUUAUUUAUUUAAAAAAAAGAUAAACACACGAAUUUGCAACGUUGUGUACACUGUUUAUGAAUGGAUUAUCGCCUAUAAAUCCUAUUCUUUAAUUACGGAUUUAUCUUUCCCACUGAUGAAAUAAAGAAAAGCCGCUGCCAUGACGACAGACGAGGCCGAGAAGCAGAAGGAGCAGGCGCAGGACCCCGAGCCCUCGCCCCCCCAGGAGGCCCCCGCAGGCCACGCCCCCGGCUCCCCGCGGGACGACCCGCAGCCGAAGCCUCGCAGCCGAACCCCGGCGGGGCGGGGGCUCUCCCGCCUCCUCUCCUCCCUCCUGAAGAGGAGCUCGGGGUGCCCCGAGGGGGAGGGCCUCGAGGCCGAGCGGGCCGACCGCGACAGGGCGGGGCAGGAAGGGGCGGAGCUCAAAGCCCCCAUCGCCGACCCCGAACCCGAGCUCAGAAUCGAGGGGGACCCCACCCUCGACCAGCACUCCCUCAGCAGCGGGGAAAUACAGCUGGGCCCAGACCCCAAGGUGAAGGAGGAGGAGGCGGAGGAGGAGGAGGAGGAGGGAGAGGGAGAGAAGGUAGAGGAGGUGGAGAGGGAGGAAGAGGAGGAGGCGGAGGAGGGCGUGGAGGAGCAGGAGGAAGGAAGGGGGGAGAAGCCAGAGCGGGAGCAGGCGGAGGAGGAACAGGAGGCGGCAGAGGACCCCAAAUCCCCCGCGCCCCAACGCCGCUCACGUGUCAUGCAUUGUAAAGUCACCCUGUUGGACGACACUCUGUAUGAGUGUGAGCUGGAGAAACAUGCCAAAGGCCAGGACCUGUUUGUCAAGGUCUGCGACCAUCUCAACCUGCUGGAGAGGGACUAUUAUGGUCUGGCCAUCUGGGAAACCCCCUCCAAGAAGGUCUGGCUCGACUUGACCAAGGAGGUCCGCAGACAGGUGCAAGGCAGCUCCUGUGACUUCACCUUCAAUGUGAAGUUUUACCCGCCAGAUCCAGCUCACCUGACAGAGGACAUCACCAGGUACUUCCUGGUCCUGCAGCUGCGCAAGGACAUCCAGAGCGGGCGGCUGCCCUGCUCCUUCGUCACGCUGGCGCUUCUGGGCUCCUACGCCCUGCAGUCGGAGCUGGGCGAGUACGACCCCGAUCUCCAUAGCAACGACUACGCCAAAGAGCUGCGGCUGGCCCCGGGGCAGACCAAAGAGCUGGAGGAGAAGAUGAUGGAGCUGCACCGCACCUACAAGGCUAUGACUCCAGCUCAGGCUGAUUUGAUGUUUCUGGAGAAUGCCAAGAAGCUGGCCAUGUAUGGGGUGGAUCUCCACCAGGCUAAGGACCUGGACGGGGUGGACAUCAUGCUGGGCGUGUCCUCCGGCGGGCUGAUGGUCUUCAAGGACAAGCUGAGGAUCAACCGCUUCCCCUGGCCCAAGGUCCUCAAGAUCUCCUACAAGCGCAGCGGCUUCUUCAUCAAGAUCCGCCCCUCCGAGCUGGAGCACUACGAGAGCACUAUUGGCUUCAAGCUGCCAAACUACAAGGCCUCCAAAAAGCUGUGGAAGGUUUGUGUGGAGCACCACACAUUCUUCAGGCUGACCUCCACGGAAGUGGCCACCACGCCCCGCAGGUUCCUGGCCCUGGGGUCCAAGUUCCGCUACAGCGGGCGGACCCAGGCCCAAACCCGACAGGCCAGCUCCAUGAUUGACAGGCCGGCCCCCAUGUUCCAGAGGUCCUCCAGCAAGAGGGCGUCUCGCAGCCUGGACGGAGCGGUGGUGGUGACCCCGGACAAGAGCGCCCGUCCCGUCAGCGCGCCCCUCAUCUCCCCGGCCCCGUCCGGGGGGGAGGCCGCGCCCGCCCCCGGCCCCGCCCCCGUCACCACGGCGACCCCCCGCACCAGACGGCGGGACCCCGGGACGCCCUCGCGGCGCGCGCCCCGCUCGGAGGAGCGCAAGGCGGAGCGCAAGGCCGAGGCGAAGGCGGAGGGCCGGGCGGAGAGGUCGGCCAGGGCGGAGCCUCGGUCGGAGGUCAAGGCGGUGGCGAGGAGAGAGAGGCGGCACGCGCAGAUGGUUACCGCUGCCAACGGGGAGAGGAAGUCGCAGUCGCCACGGCAGGGGACGGACCCGACGCGGAGGAAGAAAAGAUCUAAGAAAACCGAGGCGGACACCAUUUAUAUCAGACACAGCAAUUUAAUGCUGGAGGAUUUGGAUCGGACCCAGGAGGGCAUCAUGAGGCACCACUCCAGCAUCAGCGAGCUGAAGCGGAGCUUCAUGGAGGCGGUGCCCGAGCCGCGGCCCAGCGAAUGGGACAAGCGCCUGUCCACCAACUCGCCCUUCCGCACCGCCUCCAUCAACGGGCAGCUGCAGCCGGGGGCCGGCGGGCCCCCGCUGGUGAAAACGCAGACCAUCACCAUCUCUGACGUCACCAACGCGGUCCGCGGCGACGUCUCCACGCCAACGCGGGAGGUCCCCGUCGUGCACACUGAGACCAAGACCAUCACGUAUGAGGCAGCGCAGCCGCUGGAGAGCCUGACGGACAGGGACUCCGGGGUGCUGCUGAGCGCCCAGACCAUCACCUCGGAGACAGUCAGCACGACCACGACCACCCAGAUCACCAAGACGGUGCGGGGAGGAAUCUCAGAGACGCGCAUUGAGAAGAGGAUCGUCAUCACGGGCGACACGGAGAUCGACCACGACCAGGCUCUGGCCCAGGCUAUUAAGGAGGCGAAGGAGCAGCACCCUGACAUGUCAGUCACCAGGGUGGUGGUGCACCAGGAGACGGAGAUCACCCCACAGUGAUCUGAGCACACGCUCCGGGGGAGUCAUCAGGGGAACCGGACCUGCCUCCGCCCCCCCUCGCCCCGCCCCCCCCACACCACCCCGC